AUGGCUAAGAGGUCAAUUCGCAACCCUGCAAAGGGCGAUACUAUUUCUAGGUAUGAGGGAGACCAGAGAGACUUCCACACUGAAUAUGACUCCUUCGACACCGAAUAUGACUCUACACGGGAGGACGACGACGAUGACCGUCGGGAAACCCUGUCCAGUAUAUACAUUGACGAGUUUCAUACAGAGUGGUCUGGUGAUUACAGCAGGCUGGAAUGGGUGAACACCUACAUUCAGUGGUUGUUUCCAAUUCAAGAGUAAGGAGUGAACUAUGAUUCUCAACCGCUUACCUCCAAAGAAAUCAAGCUUUUCCGUAAGGAUGACACUAGGAAGAAGAGACUGUUGAAGUCUUACAAGCUCAUGCUGGACUUCUAUGGCAUAAAGCUGCUCAAUGAGAGAACAGGCAAAGUGGGUCGUGCAGAAAACUGGCAAGAUCGAUUUGAGAACCUAAACAGAAACACACGCAACAACCUCUGCAUCACACGCAUUCUGAAGUGUCUGGGCAUCCUGGGGUUUGAGCACUACCAGGCUCCUCUGGUCCACUUCUUCCUCACAGAGACACUGGUGAAUAGAAGACUUCCCGGAGUGAAGCAGAGUAUUCUAGACUACUUUAUGUUCUCUGUUCUGAACAAAUCAGAGAGAAAACAACUGAUGAGAUUUGCCUUUAAGAAGUUUGAGCCAAAGGAAGAAUUUGUGUGGUGUCCUAAAAGGAUUCAAAUAUGAUUUUUGAAGGAGAUCAAAACCAGAAAAGCAGAGACCCCUGAGA